UUCUAGGCCUAUUUAUUCCCAACGUUAUCACUUCUCCACCAGUAUUUCCUUCCUUUGAAAGAAAUUUAAAAAAAAAAAAAAAAAAAUCAUAUAUAGAGAGAGAAUGAGAGCUCAAAGCAUGAUGAAAUCUUCUUCGAAAACCAGGGCAUCUGGAGCUUGCUAGGAUCUGUCGGAAGCUUUCCAUUUCUAAUGUAAAAAGUGGCAGCAGGUCGGUUUUCGAUUUGCCCAGGAAGUGGCAGUUGAGCUCUGUUUGAGGGACAGGAUGCAUGGAAACUGUGAGAAUUCUAAUAAUUUGAAUCAGACCACUCAAAGAAAUAGCCUCUGAAUCCAAUUGAAGCAAGUUCUUAUGCCUCAUCCUCAACUUCAAAGGAUCAAUCCACACAUAGAUAUCAAGGGCAAUCAGUUUGAGUAUUCAACCUAAUGAAAUAUUCCUCCCCACAGGACUAACUGAUGUUACCAAGCUCAUCCAUGUCUUCCUAUGAAGAACAGUAUCCCAGGAAGCCCAGUACGAGCACAGAGAUGGAAUACCAGGGUCCUCAGAUGACUGAGAGUUCAUCAAGGACCCCUUCUGGUAGGGAACCUAUUGGCAAGUGGAUGGCAUUUGCAAAGGACCCUGGGAAAUCUAAGACUCCAGAAGAUUCCAGUACAUAUUUGCAUGGAAGUACACUGAAUGGCAGUGAUUUCUCGGAAUCACAUGAAUCUGGUGGGAACCCCUUAAAUAGCCAAUCAAGUCAGAUUUUAAGUGAUGCUAGCAUUGCGGAAAGGGCAGCUGAAUGGGGCCUUGUAAUUAAGUCAGGAAAUGGAGUGAAUAAUGCCCAAUAUGUGGGUCUAAGGCCAUCAGGGGAAGGAAGUAAAAUUUCACUCGAAAAGUCUGCAGAUCUUAGGUCAUCUGGUGAAUCUAAUUCUGGAUUAGAAUCAGCCUUUCCCAGGGUCUCUCAGGAGCUGAAGGAUGCAUUGUCUUCACUACAGCAGACCUUUGUUGUGUCCGACGCAACCAGACCAGAUUACCCUAUUAUGUAUGCCAGCGCUGGGUUUUUCAGUAUGACUGGUUAUAGCACAAAGGAAGUUAUUGGCAGAAACUGUCGCUUUCUUCAGGGAGCCGAUACAGAUCCUAUGGAAGUUGCAAAAAUUAGGGAAGCAGUCAGAACUGGAAAUAGCUACUGCGGCAGGCUCCUGAAUUACAAGAAAAAUGGCACACCUUUCUGGAACCUUCUAACCAUCACGCCCAUAAAGGAUGAAUCAGGGAAGGUUAUUAAAUUUAUAGGAAUGCAGGUUGAGGUCAGCAAAUAUACAGAAGGUCUAAAUGAGAAAGAGGUGCGGCCAAAUGGCUUGCCAAAGUCCCUGAUCCGUUAUGAUGCUCGUCAGAAGGAGAAAGCUUUGUGUUCAAUCACUGAAGUUGUACAGACUAUGAAGCAUCCACGUGUUCAUAUUCUUCAAGAAGCAGACUCAGAGGUCCCUGGCAAGUCCAUGGAGCAUGAAAAGUUUUAUCUUGAUUCUCCCCUGCCAAAAUCUGCAGAAGUUGAAAACCUAAAUACACCCAGCAGAGAAACUCCUCAAAGGGAUGGUAAAAGUGAGGUAUCCAGAAUGAGCACCAGUCAUGAUGCUAAAAAGAAAGCCAGAAAAUCUGCGCGUAUUUCCUUAAUGGGGUUUAAAAGUAGGGCUGAUUCAAGUGAGAGGCUUGACCCUGAACCUAGUAUUGAGCCAGAGGUUUUGAUGACCAAAGAUAUAGAACGAUCUGACAGCUGGGAUCAUUUGGAAAGAGAAAAGGAUAUACGCCAAGGGAUUGAUUUAGCCACAACACUAGAGCGCAUUGAAAAAAAUUUUGUGAUAACAGAUCCUAGACUUCCUGACAACCCCAUAAUAUUUGCAUCUGAUAGCUUUCUUGAACUGACAGAGUAUACUCGGGAAGAAAUUCUUGGAAGAAACUGCCGGUUUCUUCAAGGCCCUGAUACGGAUCAAGGAACUGUCUCUAAAAUUAGAGAGGCUAUCAGAGAACAGAAGGAAAUCACCGUUCAGCUGAUCAACUACACAAAGAGUGGUAAGUUGCUAAUGUCAGUACUUCCAGGGAAAAAGUUUUGGAAUUUAUUCCACUUGCAACCUAUGCGCGACCAAAAGGGUGAACUUCAAUACUUCAUUGGUGUACAACUAGAUGGAAGUGAUCACCUGGAACCCUUGCGAAACCGCCUUUCAGAGACUACAGAGAACCAAAGUGCUAAGUUGGUCAAAGCUACUGCUGAGAAUGUUGAUGAAGCUGUUCGAGAGCUUCCUGAUGCCAACUUGACGCCAGAUGAUUUGUGGGCAAUCCAUUCCAAAACUGUCUUUCCGAGGCCCCAUAAAAAGAACAAUUCUUCUUGGAGAGCAAUUCAAAAGAUCAUCAAUAGUGAUCAACAAAUUGGCCUGAAGCAUUUCAAGCCCAUAAGACCUUUGGGUUGUGGUGACACGGGCAGUGUUCAUUUGGUGGAAUUGCAAGGUACAGGUGAACUGUAUGCUAUGAAGGCAAUGGACAAAUCAGUAAUGUUGAAUCGUAACAAGGUUCAUCGAGCUUGCGUAGAAAGGGAGAUCAUUUCCCUACUGGAUCAUCCUUUUCUUCCAACACUGUAUACUUCCUUUCAGACUUCUACACAUGUCUGUUUGAUAACAGAUUUUUGCCCAGGUGGGGAGCUAUUUGCUUUGCUUGACAAACAGCCUAUGAAGAUUUUCAAAGAGGAAGCUGCAAGGUUCUAUGCAGCGGAAGUUGUUGUUGGUUUGGAAUAUCUUCAUUGUCUAGGAAUAAUCUACCGGGACCUGAAGCCUGAAAACAUUUUACUACAAAAAGAUGGGCAUGUUGUAUUGACUGACUUUGAUCUGUCAUUUCUGACAUCCUGUACGCCACAAGUUAUAAAGCCUGCGAUGCCUACAAAGAGAAGAAAAUCUAAAACUCAACCACCUCCAUCUUUUGUUGCUGAACCAGUGACACAAUCAAAUUCAUUUGUUGGAACAGAGGAGUACAUUGCUCCGGAAAUUAUAACUGGUGCAGGCCACAGUAGUGCCAUUGAUUGGUGGGCUCUUGGGAUUUUGCUGUACGAGAUGCUUUAUGGCCGUACACCUUUCAGGGGAAAGAAUAGGCAGAAGACGUUUGCCAACAUUCUGCACAAAGACCUCACUUUUCCUAGUAGCAUCCCGGUGAGCCUCACAGCCAGGCAGUUAAUCCAUGGACUGUUACAUAGAGAUCCUGCAAACCGUUUGGGGUCGAACGGAGGUGCCAACGAAAUCAAGCAACAUCCCUUCUUCCGUGGGAUCAGUUGGCCCCUUAUUCGUUGCAUGACACCUCCGCAGCUAGACGUGCCUCUUCAAUUAAUUGGAAAGGAUCCACAUUCCAAAGUUAAGGAUAUGCAAUGGGAUGACGAGGGUGUGCUCGUUCAGAGUAUGGAAAUCUUUUGAAGGUCAGCCACAGUUCGAAUGAUAGGUUUUGAGUCCUGCCCUUCUGUUAUGAGAUUGGCUUGAGGAGAAAGGAAGCAUAUCUAAGAUAAAUCAGAUCAUGUACAGCAAAGAGGAGCAACCAAAAAUUACUGUAAGGAUUUUGGAUAUAUCGAAAACAUAUGGUUGAUGGUGAAAGGGUAAAUAUACUUACAGAAUGUCCAGGUAAAUGAAGGAAUGCUUUGUAUUGAAAAUUAUUGGCUCGCCGAGGGUCGGAUUUCGAUUUGACCUGCGAGAUGAACUUUUUCUUUCACUUGGUGAUGAAAACAGCAUUUGAGGAGUCGACCUGCCCAUUUCUGUAUGUGCAAGUCGACCCUGCUGCAGAGGUGUCAGUAAGGUGGCCUUGUAUUCUUAUUUUCUGUCUUGCAAUAAAUCCUGAUUUUAUCAAUAGAAAAGAUGAUGCGUAUUUCUGGGA